AUGACUCAACAUGCAAACGACCCUAUCGUAUCCGUUUCGAAUUCACGCCUUAAAUUGUCGCGCGUACUGCUCGCCGUCGCGUACCUCAUCGCUGCCGUCCUCGCACUCCUCUCCUUCUCCCCGCAACUCCGCGGGCGGCAAGCAUUGUCCGCUCAAUCCGGACAAAGCGGCGGGUCAGGCGUCGCCUACGAGCACGAGGGUGUCGAGGGGCAGUACGGAGGCCGUCGAGCGCGGCGAUUGGAGGACGAGGAGGCGGCGUUUAACUCGAGUUUCGACUUUAGUCUCAAUGAGACAUGGAAGGAGGGUUUUUUCAACAUGACGCUCGAGAUCGAGAAGUGGCGGGCUGGCGGCGGCUGUGAUCGCUUUCGUGAGCGCAUGGCGUCGCACCUGCACGUGGACCUGCUGCAAGACGACGACCCCGCCUCCUGGCCUCCCAACCCCUCGCUCCAGCCCCUAUCGCUGCCGGAGUGUCCGCGGAUACAGCAGCGGCAUGUGAAUGUGCGCGUGCAGCCGCCGUUCGUGUGGUUCGGGCAGCGCUUCGGCAACCGCCUGGGGCUGGAGGGCACUCACACGUGCGCGCACUGCGGCCUCACCUGCACUUUCUCCUGGGAGCCGCAGGUGGUGCCUCGCCCCGACGUGCUGCUCUUUGUGCGCCAGUACGGGCCCCUCAAGGAGGCCGAGCAACAAGCUAUGGAUGCGCUCACCACUCUCCCCCCCCACAAGCGCCCCCUGCUGGCCCUGCUGGACCCCGAGGCAGCACCCGAGGGCGCCUUAGUGCCCGGGCGGCAGAUCUUCUCCCCGUGGGUGCCCAUGGAGCAGCAGGCGCGGUGGGACGUGGUGGUGGGGUACCACCGGGACAGCGACGUGCAGAUCACAUACGUGGGCAUGAACGAUGAUGAGGCGCGCAAGGACCUCGUCUCCAACAUCAAACUCGCUGGAGUGCCGCUGUACAGGGCGGGGUCGCACUGCUCGGUGAGGUGGCGGGAGGCGAUGCUGAAGGACAUCCUGCGGGUGGUGCGGCACCACUCGUUCGGCCGCUGCCAGUUCAACAUGCACCGCAUCUCUGAACUCAUUGCUCAUCCCACGUGCCGCACGCCUCUGGACAAGUGGACGGCGCGCACGCACUGUGUGGAGUCGAGGUACAAGUUUGCCAUUGCUGUGGAGAACAGUGAGAGGGAGAGCUACGCCACUGAAAAGCUCUUCAUCCCCUUCGAUGCCGGCACAGUACCGGUGUACUAUGGAGCGCCAGACGUGGCACACCUGGCACCGCCCGGGUCGUUCAUAGACGUGAGAGCCUUCCCCAACAAGACCGAAGUGGGGGUGCUCAUCAACCAGCUCGACGCCAACGCCAAGUUCCCUUCCCCCACUCACACACCUCUUCCCUCCCGCCUUGUCGGCCCCAUCCUCCUGCCCCCUCUCUCGCAGCGCAAUACCUGGACUACCACGCGUGGCGCAUCUGCAACAGCAGCGGCAACCUCAAGCACGCCGCUGCCCUGUCCAUCCUCACGCUGCCCUGCCGCCUCUGCCUCAAGGCUGCUCUGCUGCUCGCGGACAGACAGGCAGCAGCAGCUCCAGGGGAAUCUUCGGCCCCGUCUGCAUCCCCUCCCUCUCCCGCCGCACCUCCCCCUGCUGAAUCUCCUCCUCCAUCCCCUGCGUCUGAUGCUUCUGCUCCUGUACCUGCUCCUCCUCCCCUAUAACCCCCUCCCAGUCCUCCUCCUCCCACCUCCCCUCGACCGCAACCGCUGGCAGCAUCCCCGCCCACCACGGCACCACCUCCCCAUGCACCGCCUCUCCCCACCCUCCCCCCACCGGUCACAUAAACGACUGCGACUUCUCCUGGCCCCUCCUCCACCGUCUCGUUUGCAGCUUCCUCCAGCUGCUGUGGGUAAGACAUGCCGACAGAGCCAGAUCUUGGACGUGUCGUCGUGUGUGCUGCUGCCGUGA